GAGUCUUUCCUAUCAAACCAUAAUUUCAUUUUUCUUAAAUCGAGAGAUUCAUCUCUUCUCUCUAUUUCUAGAUCCACAUUCCUAUCAAACCAUCAUCUCAGUCCUCACUUUCUACACCUUCCUUCUAAAUUGUAAUCACCAUUAACGGCAAGAUUAUCCCACCAUAAAUUCUAGCUCCCGUUACCCACAACCACCUGCCUGAACUGCAAAUAAUGCCUCCCUCCGCCGAUAUGACCCCCCACACUCCCAAAAACAAAGGCUCUCUCACCUUGUUGGUCCUAAACUACCUUCUUCUCUUCGUUGGCUCAGUUUCAGCCACCCUCCUCUCUAAAUACUAUUUCAUUCAUAAAGGCUCAAACAUUUGGCUUGCUACAUGGGUUCAGUGUGCUGGCUUUCCUCUUCUUCUCCCCCCAAUUCUCCUCCCUUAUUUCCUCAAACUCACCACCAGAAGACCUUUCACCCAAUUUACCUCCAAAAUUUUCUCCAUCUCCAUUUUCGUUGGCCUAAUGUUGGGACUCAACAACCUCCUCUUCUCUCUCGGCAACUCCAACCUCCCGGUCUCCACCUCCUCCCUCCUCCUCUCUUCACAACUCGUCUUCAACCUCAUCCUCUCCGUUCUCAUCGUCAAACAGAAGGUCACAUUCUCCAACCUCAACUGCGUCAUCCUCCUAACCGUCAGCUCUAUUCUCUUAGCCCUUGGCUCGAGCCACGACAAGCCUCCCGGUCUAACACGUGGAAAGUACUUCGUCGGAUUCUUCUCCACCGUCGGGGCCGGCUUGCUCUUUGCUCUCUACCUCCCCGUCAUGGAAAAAGUCUACAGAAAAGUUGACUGCUAUUCCAUGAUGAUGGAAAUGCAGGUGGCGAUGGAGGCAGCAGCGACGGCGCUGUCGACGGUGUUGAUGGUGUCGAACGGUGCGUUUGGUGGCAUGGUGAGGGAGGGGAGGGAGGUGUUUGACAAGGGAGAGACGCUGUAUUGGGUGACGGUGGUGUUUAACGUCGUGACAUGGCAGCUGUGCUUUAUGGGGACGGCGGGGAUGGUUUUCUUGACGACGUCGCUGACCGGAGGGAUAUGCAUGACGGCGUUGAUGGGGAUAAACGUGUUGGGGGGAGUGGUGGUUUACGGGGACAAGUUUGGUGGGGUGAAAGUGGUUUCGACUGUGCUCUGUGUAUGGGGGUUUUGUUCUUAUGUGUACGGGAUUUACAUCAAGGUUAAGAGGAAG